AGGCAGGCGGAGCGGGGAGCGGAGCGCGCAAGCGCCCUGCGCCCAAGCAGACCGAGUCUGCGCCUGGCCCCGUCACCAUAGUGACGGGGCCUAGUGAAGGAGUCGGCCUGUGGCGGAGGGCUUGACACCCCGGAGCCGGGCACUGGGAAGGGCGUGCGUACAAAGCGAACAGUGCGGGGGUCCCGGGGUCUGCGGCCCACAGGAGACAGCGAUGCUUUAAAGAGAGAAAAUCACCCAGGGGCAACAAACAGGAUGACAUCCUUUGGUUGGAAGCGGAAAGCUGGAGAAAAAGUGUCUAAGGUCGCCUCGCAGAACUUUGAGGCAGCAGCUGUGGAUGACGGGCUGGUUGAAUCUGAUGUGGAUUGGUUGCAUGUGACCAAAAGGCAGCGGAAAGCUUUGCUGGAAGACUGCACAGUGAAGAGCAAGAGACUGAAGGAAGAGGGCAUCUUCCUGUCCGAGAAUGGAAGGUACUGGGAGGCAAUCGGUCGGUGGGAUGAAGCUAUUCAACUGACUCCAGACAGUGCCGCACUCUACGAGAUGAAAGCACAGGUUCUGAUGAUCCUUAACGAGGUUUUCCAGGCCGUGCAGGCGGCAGAGAUGGCUGUGCGCUUAGACCCCCAGUGGUGGGAAGCCUUGCAGACACUGGGCCGUGCUCAGCUCAGCCUGGGUGAGAUAGCCAUGGGUUUAAAAAGUUUCCAGAGAGCGCUGCAUCUGUACCCCAUUGAGAGCUCGCUGUGGAAGGAUGACCUGGGUUGGGCACUUGAGCUAUGGCAGAGGCAACAACAGCUUGAUGAGUCUUUGCCCACACAGAGAGGUGCUUGGGGGAGGGAACCGUCCAGGCACCUGCCAGACUACGACUUUGAAAGCGAUGAACUGGUCGAGGCAUGUGCAGCUAUUGCGGAGAGGGACAGACAUCCAGCCAUGACAAGGACCAGCAUCUUCAUUACAGCAACACAGGGCAUGGAGACUGUGACUGAGACGGGCAGUCAGCCGAGACUGAGAGAUGGGAACUUCAUCCAGGCACGAUAGUGUCAGCUUCAGCAUGCGCCUGUCCCGGCCUUUGCUUCACGGUCUGUGAAUUCUCAAUGUGUGCUGCCCUGCCCUUGGUCUGUGUAAAGACAUCUGUCCCCUCUUGGUAUCAGUGGGGCCAGGUUUCUAUGUGAUCCUCCCUACCCAUACCAAUGCGAAUGGUGUGCAGAUUAACCAGUCCCCCCUUGCUGUGUACCUGAUGAGUACAGACUGCUCCAACUGGAGAGCUGGAAGGUGGGGUCCAGCCUCUUUAAAAUGGUAACAUUUUAUUCAAGUUUGUACAUUCCCUGUUAAACUCACAAUGUUCAACUCUGAUGGGAUUCUCCCUAGUUACCAACUAACGUUUGGGGUGAUCCCCCCAGUUCCUGACUGUCAUUGGAGAGGCGAUCUCCCAAAAUUGUGAUCCCUUGAUGGCGAUCCUGCAGGGUACCAAUGCCUUGUGGUGAUGUCCUUCUGAGAUUGAAAGCUUGGCCUUGCUCUGUAAGCUCUCUGGUUUGGAUUUUGUGAUAAAUGCUUUUCCCUCAUUCUGUGCGUACACAUUAACCUGGCCCACAAUGAUCAACUCUGAGUGGAUAUAUGACGUCCAGACCCAAUGCUCGCAUUCUGCAGUUAGUCAUCGGAUCCCCUGGAACAGUGUCUCAGAUAUAGUGAUAAUGGAUGGUCUACACAAUCAGACUGUACUGUGUAGUACAUCCAGAAUAAACGUUUGUGUUAUUAUUCACCAAGUGAA